GCCCGUCCCCGGUUCCGGUUUGGUGCUGGUGGCGCGGCCCGCACCGGGGCGGCGGCUCUGGGAGCCGCCGAUGGCGUCAAGCGCCGCCCGCGGGCCGCCGUGCCGGGAGCGGAGUGUCCGGGAACGGCCGGGACGACGAUCGGGUUCUGCCGGGCGGAGCCGGAGCCGUAGUGGGGAGCGGGAGGGUGAACAGAGCGUGCUCCGGGAGGAGCUGCCGGCGGGAGACCUGGACUGUGAGGAUGGAGGAGAAGCUGGGAAAGCCCCGAGAAAACCUGUGCGGCCCCGAGUCGGUCCCGACGGGGCGGCGGAGGGGCGCGGCGAGAGCUCCGCCAACGGGGCAGUGCCAGCUCCGCGGGCCGCCGCGAGGCGCGGCAGGAAGGGCAAGGCCGAGGUGCUGCUGGUGGAGCUGUCCCAGGCCCCGGAGCCCAUCCGCAUGGAAAAGGGGCUGGGGAGCAGCGAGGACCGGGACGGAGCUGAGACCCCGCGGGGCGGGCGGCCCAAGAGGAGGGCGGCCAAAGUGGCUCUGCUGUACCUGCAGGAGCUGGCUGAGGAGCUGAUGCCCGCGUGCCAGCCCCCCGCGCCAGCCAAGGGCACGCCGGAGCCCGAGCGCAGCCAGAGGAAGCGCCGGAGCCGGAGGAGGAAGGAGGAGGACGCAGACAGCGAUGACCCCGCGCAAGAUGCUGACUUCGUGCCCUCACAGGAGGUGCUGCGGGCGGAGGAGGAGGAGGAGGGCAGCGACACGCUGUCCAGUGAGGCAUCGGAGCCAGAGCUGGAGGCACCUCGAGGGCACGGCGGGAGGACGGCAGCCACAGGGAGAUCCAAGCCACAGUGCCGAGGCCUCGCCCCCAAUGGCUUCCACAACUCCAUCAUGGCCCCAGUGGAGAAGAGCUCCAGCCUUACCUGCAGCCUGCGGGAGCAGAAGCACUCGCAGUGGGAAUUCCCUGACUGGAUCCCAGUGGCACACAGGUGGACGUGUCUCUCUGACAGCGAGGCUGCCCCGUACCUGCCGUCAGAGGAGAAGUCUCCCCUCUUCUCCAUUCAGCGUGAGGGCAUCAAGGACGAUGGUGCCUUGUACAGGUUAAACAGGUUCAGCUCUCUGCAGCCCCACCCAGAGCGCUUGGAUGUCUCCUUCUUCGUGGGCGGCCCAGUGUGGGCGAUGGCGUGGUGCCCGACCCCGGAGGGCUCCGCAGCCCCGCAGUAUGUGGCCGUGUCCUGCCACAGGAGCAUGGAGGAGACGCACAGCGUGUCUGGGCUUCACUCAGGCCCUGCACUCCUGCAGCUCUGGGACCUGGGCACGCUGCAGACGGAGCAGGGCUCUCCCAACAAAGCCAGGCUGGCCUAUGCCAUCGCUGCUGACUACGGCUGUGUGUGGGACAUGAAGUUCUGCCCCAGUGGUGCCUGGGAGCCACCCACUGCAGCCCGGAUGUACCCACAGAUGAGCCGGCUGGGCCUGCUGGCCGCUGCCUUCUCAGACGGCAGGGUGGUGGUGUAUGCCCUGCCACACCCUGAGGCCCUGCACCACGCCAAGACAACCCAGGUAAAAGAUGGGUCCCUCCACAAGCACCUUAUCUGCAAGGUGCAGUGCAUCGCCACACUUCAGGUGGGCUCCAUCCAGGCAGGUAAUGCAUCUGAGUGUGGACAGUGCUUCAGUCUCUCCUGGAUGCCUUGCAAGCCCCACCAUCACCUGGCAGCAGGGUUUUAUGAUGGCACCGUGGCAGUGUGGAACCUACUCACCAAAUCCCUGCUGCAGUGCGUGCACCAGCCUGACACCUCCCUCAAGCUCUACCCUUUCCAGUGCUUUCUAGCCCAUGACCAGGCAGUCCGGAGCAUCGAGUGGUGCAAAGCUGACAGCAACUUCCUGGUCACGGUGGGCAGCGAUCGCAAGAUCAAGUUCUGGGACCUGCGGCGGCUCUACGAGCCCAUCAACAGCAUCAAGCGGUUCCUGAGCACCGAGGUGGCCUGGCUGCUGCCCUACAAUGGCAUCACUGUGGCCCAGGACAACUGCUACGCCCCGUACGGGCUCUGUGGGAUCCACUACAUCGACGCUGGGUACCUGGGCUUCAAGGCCUAUUUUGUGGCCCCUCGCAAGGGCACCGUGUGGAGCAUCUCUGGCUCGGACUGGUUGAACACCGUAGCUGCAGGUGACAUCACCGGUGAGCUGGUGGCAGCCGUGCUGCCUGACCUGGCUGUCAACCCCCUCAACAUCAAGCGCUCCUCGGACCGCAGAUUUCCGGUGUACAAAGCUGACCUGCUGCCAUGCAGCCCUGACGGGCCUGAGCGCGCCGAGCAGGCCCUGCCCAGGACCCAUCGCUACAGUGAGAUGGUAGCCAGGAGCUACAUCCGAUUCCAGGACACGGACCUGCGCAGCUUCCAGAACUUCCCAAGCCGGGAGCCCAUGCGCCGGAUGCACGUGCAGGAGCUGAAGGCAGAACUGAGCCUGGACCGCCUGCAGCUGGAGGCCCUCCACAAGGUGCGCUUCAGCCCCAACCUGGACUCGCAGGGGUGGCUGGUGUCGGGCGGUCAGGCGGGCAUUGUGCGGGCACACUGCUUGGCAGGGCUGGCCUCCGGCGUGGGCCACCAGCUGCUCCCAGAGUGCCAGGCCCGCUUCAGCGUCCUCUAUGGGGACACACCCAGCAGCCCUGCCCCCCCCGAGCACUCCCUGCUGCCAGCGGAGUAGGGGCAUCAGUCCCUCACACUGCUGCCGUGUGCUCACCCUGGGCAGGGCUUGGGGCUGGGGCCAGCUGUGCUGGCAUGGGGUCGUGGGCCCUCUUGGUGCUGCUUUCCUGGUGGGUGUCUGCUGCAGGAGGGACAGCUGCUCUCCCAGCCAUUCCCUGGGAUGCUCUGGACAUUUGUCCUCAUGCUUUGGGCCUGCAAGCGUCUGUCUGCAGUGUUUGGUCUGAGUUGGGCAGGGGUGGUGUGUGACCCAUGCGUGUCCUGGGGCUGAGCUGUGGUUCUGACCCUGCAGAAGCCCCCCUGGGCUCCACCAGCGUGGAGUUGUGCUUGUGCUCGCCUGCAUCCCCACUGAGCGCCGGAGGGCGGGAAGGGGCCGGGAGCUGUGGAGUUGCUCACAUUGAGCUUGUGUUCAGCUGUGCAGAAUAAACGUGGUUGGUUUUGUA